GGCAGGAGAGAAGGGGAAAGUUGAACGCAUAAAGGAGUGUAAAUUUCAUGUGAACAAAAUUGCGAUUUUUCUCUAAAUAUUGGGCUUCCCGAUGGACGAUAUCCAAUCAUGGUGGGAAGUUCCAAGCAUUGCCCAUUUUUGUUCCCUUUUCCGCGCAGCGUUCAACUUAUUGGACUUCGACAUCGAGGAGUUGGAAGAAGCGCUCCUUACCGAUGGCGCUGAGGACAACGGCAGCUCCCUUCUGCAGGAGCUCAUUGUCCGUCUACUCUGUGGCUGUGUUCCAAAUGGAAAUGAAAUCUCCGUGUCCAAUUACCAAAUGUAUCUUCGGCGCCUUUUCAGAAAGAAGUGCAAAGAGUUUGGAAUUGUGAAUCCAUUCAAUGCAGACACAGACUUCCAGUUCUUGCCUCUGAGGACCAAAGUGGAAAUUCUUUCGUGUCUUUGCGACUUCAGGCUAGAAGGCGAGGAUGUCCAAGAUCUGCUUAAAAAUUUGGAGGCAGACAGUUUGAGGGUUGAGCCUCUUGGCCAAGAUGCUAGUGGAGCGGCGUAUUGGUACUUUUAUGGCACCAGGCUGUACAAGGAAACAUAUCCACUCAAGAGCAGCAAGAAAAAGAAGCCUCCAAAAAAUAAGGGCAGACACAGCAGUUCCUUGAACAUCAACCCAGAUGCCGCUUGGCAGGUUGUCUGUUAUACAGCAGAUGACUGGGAAAAAUUGGCCCAAACCUUGGAGAACUCGGACCAUCCAGCAGAAAGGGCCCUUCAUCAUACACUGGCUGUUGAUUUCCUUCCAGAAAUUCCUCGGCUAUUUGCAGAGAAAGAGCGAUUACACCUAAAACGAAUGAUGGAGUAUCAACCGAGGAGAACGAGCAGUCGUAUCAACAAGCUGAACAAACAGAAGGAAGCCGACACCAAACCUGAAAAGCCGCCGCCUGAAAAGAAGCCGGUUAAAAGUGACAAAGUUAGCCCUGUUAGUUCCAAAAGCAAAAGCCGGGCUGUUGAGAAGAUUUACACAAGUUCCGAGGAUGAAGCAGAUGACGUGCAGUUUUCUCCAGUCAAAAAGUUUAUCGAAGAAAACUCGGUUGACUCUUCAGUGAAGGAGGAAAAGAUUGCUAGCAGUGAAAAAGAGGAAGUUCCUGAGGAAGACAAUUCGAAGGCAAAGAAAGUUCGGAAGAAUAGAAAGCGUGGACACGAGAGUGACGAGGACGAAGAAGAGGCAGAGGUUGAGUCUGUCAAGUCUUCUAAAAAGCUGAGGAGUAAACACGACGAUAGUAAAAAGGAGAAGAAGCACAAGAACAGUUCCCACAAGAGCCACAAGAAGAAGCCUAAGGUGUUGAGUGAAAACGAAAGUGCCGACGAGCAGAAGAAACGCAAAAAAGGACAUCAGAAAUUGUCUAGUGAAAACGAGAGUGCCGAGGAUCACAAGAAAAAGAAGAAAAGUCAAAAGUCCAAAUCUCACUCCAGCAGGCAUUCUUCAAGGAUCAAACACGCAGAAGUGGAAGAUGUGCAGUCUGAGGAAGAGAUAGUGAGCAAACGGAAAACACGCAAGUCUAGUCCGAGCUCGUCGAAAAAGGCGAGCGCCCUGGCUUCUGCAGCCCCAGUCGGGAGGCAGACCAACAACUCCCUGGCCUGCGCCACAGGACCAAUUAUCAUUGAGGAGGCUCUACCCAAGAAGCGAAAAAUGCGCAGUUCUGAAGUAUUUGCUCAAUCGGACGAAGACUUGCAAACAGGAAUGUACAAGAUUUUGGAGAGGCUUAAGACUCACCCUGACGCAUGGCCUUUCACUGACGCAGUUGAGGAAGACUACGCUCCUAGGUAUUACACUAUUGUGAGGCACCCAAUGGACUUGCAGCGAAUGGAAGAUAAACUCGACUCGGGCAGAUACCUUACGUUUGACGACUUCAAGGCUGAUUUCAAGCUGAUAAUCACUAAUUGUAAAAAAUACAAUGGUAGUGAGAAUGAAUAUUCCGAAAUGGCUGACAGCUUGGAAGCUGCCUUUGAGAGAGCGGCCUGUCGAUAUUUAGAAAAUGAAUUUUCUACUGAUGAAGAAGUUGCGAUAGAGUACACCAAGAACAACGUAGAUGGAGCCAAACAUGACAAGAAAAGGAAAUCCUCCAAAUCUUCAACUGCCAAGAGUCCCGAACCCGAGCCCGUGGCUGAAGAAGUGGAAGGAGAGGAGGAAGAAAGGCACUCCUCGAAGCACAAGAAGAACAAGAAAAAGGUUAAGGAUGGCAGCAAAAAGAGUCACAGGAAGCACCACCACAGAAAAUCAUCAGAGCAUGAUAAGUCUGAUAAAUCGGAGGCACCCACUAACGAGGACAACGACGAUGUAGAGACUGACGUCGGAGAAGGCUCUAGUAAAUUCUGCCCACCACCUGUAGGUCCAUAUGGGAAAAGACGAGCAGGACCCCCACAGCCUCCAAAGGUGGAGACUGUUCCUAAGAAGUCGGAAAAACGGAAGCAAAGAGAUUCUGGUGACGACGAAGAUGACGACGAAACCUUCAGCACAGGUGAUGUUGACAGAGAAAAUAAGAGCCACAGGAAGGACAGCAGCAAGUCGAGGCCGAUCAUUAAAAAACGGAAAGGGGGUCCUCGUAGCAAUGCAGCAAUCGAAGCUUUAGAAAUAGCCACAGAACAGACAUUAAAAGAUAUUAACAAAUGGUUGGAUGACACGCCUCGCUUUUCCGAGUUUAGCUCUGCGAGCAACUCGCCUGCGCACUACAUAGGCACUGAAGAGUUCACGGGCGCCUCCACCGCAAUCGAAAGAGAGUACAGAAAAAGUCUACGGUUGGACAGUGCCGAGUAUUUGCGUUUGAAGAAAAGGAGAAGAGACCUUUUAGGCAAUAAGGACAAGAGAAGACGUGAUCUCCAGAGGACCAUUGAAAGAUUCCAGCCCGGCAAAAGCAAGGGCAAUCUCAUCGCCAGCAUCAUCAAAGCCAAGGAUGAGCAGGCAGACACCAGUGUUGUGCCAUCCAUCAAGCCGCUGAAGGAAAAGGUGGCUGCGUCCACAUCCAGCAAAGUGGACGAAAACGCUCCUACCCUAAGUCUAGGCUCUGUUUUGACUGGCAUUGGUUUUGGAAGGCACAGUUUUAAGAAGGAAGAUGCGCCUGUGGAAAAUGAAUCUGAUGACAAGGAGAGUGAGGAUGAAAAGCCAGAGGAAGUGGUCGAACCGAAAGAAGACGUCCAAGAGAGCAAAGAGGAGGAUAAGGAGGUGAAAGAGGCAAAGGUAGAAGAGGAGGAUAUUGGCAAAGUAGACUGCAACAAGGCAACCCCUAAUCUGAGUGCCUGGUUCAAGGCCUUUGGCGCUCCGAAACCCGCGCCCCCCAAGAAGAAGGAAGACACGCCCUCAAUCAGACCCGCAGAGUCAAAGUCUGCUCAGAAAAGUCCUGUGACCUCGCCCACAGAGGUGGUGGCCCCUCCUGCUCAGAGGCAGCGCAACUUGAGCACCGGCAGCAGCAGCAUAUCCGACCUUUCGUCUCCCUUCAGUCAGGACCCGGAAAUGUCUCCUAGAGACACCCCCAAGGCUGCAUGCCACCAGUCGCCCCCGAUGGCCUCUCCCACCUCUCCCCGCACACCCUUCAGUAGCCAAGUGCCUGCAAACUACCCCUACAACGGCAGCAUCAAGGUCGGCUUCUACCAGGAGCACAAAACCAGCCCUGAGAAGAGUCCACGCGACGAGUCCUUGCCAAUGGUUCCCUCCCCUGUACAGACUGUAAAGCCGCCCCAAGCCACCCCUCCGUACUCGACCACCAGUCGCCACUACAACGAGCAGCAAAUCGCCCACUACACUCAGCAACAGCAGCUGCCACCAGCACCACCAGUGGUCAUGGAAAAACCCGCCCCUGUCCCGCACAUUUCACCCCCGGUCCCGCCACCAGUGAUGCAGCAGCCGUACAGCCAGAAUAGUAUGCUCUACGAUAUGUCCAAGCCGCUUACUGACCAGUACAGAGAGACUCAUAAACCUCUCGCUGACCAGUAUCGAGAGACUCUCAAGCCCAUGACUGAACAAUAUCGAGAGACUCUCAAGCCGAUGACUGAACAAUAUCGAGAAACCCUCAAGCCCAUGACUGAACAGUAUAGAGAGACGCAUAAGCCAAUCACUGAACAGUAUCGCGAGGCCCAUAAACCUCUCGCCGACCAGUACAGAGAGGCUCACAAGCCUCAGCCUGUCCAAAGGUCCCAAGCGCCUCCAGCUGCCCAUUCAAACACCCCCAUGAUCCCAGAUUACUCGAAAUUCGACUACACCAAACUGAAUUACGGCCAGCCGCAGCCAUACAAGACCCCUGUGCUUCUGCCUCCGCCCCCGCAGUCCGCCCCCGACCCCAAGCUGCUUCAGCAGUAUCCAGUCAAGAAAAGAAUGGUCUACACCGCAACGGACGAGGAGAGGUACUCGUCAGCUGUCGAUCUGUACCAGCAGAACCAACGCCUUGUGGCGCCUCCCUUGCCGACGUACUUCGACCCGACGCCGCCCUCGGUCUACCCUCCGUACGACCUGUCAGCCACCAUGCCCAAAGAGCCUCCGCCGCAGCCGGCCAAGCCCAAGAGGGGUCGGAAAAAGGCGGCCGAGAAGGCGCCGGUCGAAAAGGAAGCGCCGGCCUUCUCCUCCUUCCCUCUGGGAGGCCUCAAGCCGCCCCCAGGCGUGGUCCCCGGGAGCGCCUUCAACUUCGGUCCACCGCCCGGUCUGCACCUGUACUCGCAGGAAUUCAACUACCGCAACUUCAAACUCAAGUCGCCGCCCCCGAGCGUGGCGCCGCCGGUCAGCUCGAGUGGCCAGACGGGCUCGUUCCCCGUCGCCACCUCCGACUCGUUCCACCAGGCCGCCUCCUACUACCACCACCAGUUCACGCAGGCGGCCACCGGCACCGGGCCUGGACCCACGCCGGCCGCCUCCCGCUCCAACUACAUGAUGGAGCAGCAGCUUUACCAGCAGUACUUCCAGCGGCCAGAAAAUUUGUUGCAGCCCAGGCACGAUCCGUCCCUGCUGCACCAGGGGCUGUACGCGCCGGCCCCGUCCGCCUACCACCACUCGCUGGGCAUCAGGCAGCCGUUCGACGUCAACAGGCCGGGAUGGUUGUGAUUGGGCCAAGAGGGUUGGAACGUGUGGUAGCACAGACACUUGAAAUUCACGAGCUGCUUUCAUGGAAAAUUAUUUUUCGUCUCCAAAUUUUAUAUAUAUUUUGAGCACUCCCAAUUUACUUUUUAUUGGGAGCUUUUAAAUUUUCAGACAUCUUUCAUUUUUAUGCUUUGUUGGACUUUGAAUAACUCAAUCAAGUUGUUGCUUAGAAGACUGUAUUGUGCAUCCGGUUUCUAUAAUUCAGUGGUUAAGUGUCUCGUUCUCUCUUCACUAUGUAGCUGUGGUGUUUGUACAUAGUGCACACAUGCCGUUCUUUACACGCUAAGUAAUUAAAUUACUCCUUGUUACGCAUUAAUAAUAAUACAAUUAUGCUCGGUCGCAAAUUUAAUCAUUAUUAUAAUUGACUAAUCGAUUGCGGAUAAUCUUUUUAUAGUUCUGUUGAUUGUUGAGUUGCAAAUUUUUUAUGUUACUUGCUGAGAGAAUCAAAACGCUGUUUUUAUCUCUAAUUGAUGAGUUUUACGGUUGGUACAGAAAACCAGAAAAAGCGCUUUUUAUUCUCGCGCCACCAAAGAUUCUGAAGUUUGUUCUGUUGACGAAAGAAGUGUAGAAGUUUUCCAAAAUUAUUUAAAUUGUCACAAGGACGGAUCUCAAAGAGUGUAUUAUAAUGUUUCUCACAGUCUGGGAGUCUAAUUAAACUACUGCAUCUGAACACUGGGAUCCAUAUUGUGGUUUAUUGGUGUAAAAUAUUGCCAUAUAAAUACAUCACCAUCACAGAAGCAUAAUAUUUUAUAAUGUAAAUAAGAUAAAUAGUGUUAAUCUAUUUUGUUAUGAAAAGACUUCAGAAAAUAUAAAAAAAAAAAAUAUGUUAUCAGAGGUUGGAAUGUAUUGACGGAGGCUCUCCAGAUCUGGCAUCAUAGGCGAAUGCGAAUCUCUAUAUUGCAGGAAGCCUCCAUCGCUUAAUCGCAAUUAUACCUACUAUUAUGUGUACUGCAUCACACAAUAAAGUUAUUGUAAGAUAAUAA